UGUCAUGUGUGGAAUGUUGCUUGUCCUGUGCCACCCAAAGAGCUUCUAUGCUCACGCCCUCAGCUUGACUUUCUCCUGAAUGGGACCUUUAAUGAGGUGAGCGCUGAGAGCGACUGAAGGGACAACCUGCGCCUGGACACCCACGAGAGUCGUAUGGUAACUUUAAGUGAUCCAGAAUGAUGAAUUCUUCGGGAUACCAUGUUUUUAGGCAGGACAGGAUUUUACCCUGGCCUAUUUUCUCUUAAGCUGUUCCGUUUAUCUGGGGCAAAUAUUUUUUUCGUAAAUGAGCAGGAUUUAGCCCACAUUCAGACUCGAAGCCAGUCGAACAUGACCACGCUCAGCAGCAGAUGUCGGUGGUGUUUCACCCUGGCGCUGGUUAUGUGUCUGUGCUGCGUUAUCAUCUUCUGUGAAUAUCUAAUCUACUACCCGGCGAUAUGGCGCUGCGCCUGGCCAGGGCUGGACGGUAACGGUGCUGGGCAAGACAAACCACUCCGCGCAAUGUUCCUUUCGGAUACACACCUCCUCGGUGCAGUGAAGGGCCACUGGCUGGACAAAAUACGCAGAGAGUGGCAGAUGGAGCGGUCUUUUCAGACUGCUGUAUCAGUGCUGCAUCCAGAGAUGGUCUUCAUUCUGGGAGAUAUCUUUGAUGAGGGCAAGUGGAGCACGCCAGAGAACUGGCAGGAGGAUGUGAGGCGCUUUAAUCACAUCUUUCGUCACCCUAACAACACUGAGCUCAUUGGCAUCAUUGGGAACCAUGAUAUUGGCUUCCAUCAUGAGAUGAGUUGGUCGAAACUGGAGCGAUUUGAGAAGGUUUUCAACUUCACCUCUGCCUCAGUCAUCACUAGGAAGGCAGUCAACUUUAUUCUAGUGAACAGCAUGGCCCUGCAUGGAGACCACUGUCCUAUCUGCCAGGCGGUGGAGACACAGCUGUAUAGGAUCUCCCAGGCUCUCAACUGCUCUGCUCAGCCACUCCACACCAGGAUGAGGCGUCACUGUCAGGAUGUGCAGCUCUUCGCUGCAACAGCACCCAUCAUCCUACAGCACUACCCCCUGUACCGCGUCAGCGAUGCUAUGUGCAAAGGGACAGAUGCAGCUUCACCUGAAGAGCGUCAUCUGCUGUUCCAGGAGCGCUACGACGUGCUGUCCCAGGAAGCUUCUAAUAAACUACUCUGGUGGUUCCAGCCCCGCCUAAUUCUCAGUGGCCACACCCACAGUGCCUGCAAGGUUGUCCAUGACAACAGUUAUCCUGAGAUCAGCGUUCCUUCCUUUAGCUGGAGAAACCGAAACAACCCCAGCUUCAUCCUGGGAAGCUUCUCCCCCAGUGCGUUCCAGCUGACUAAGUGCUUCCUGCCUGAGGAGAGCAGUGUGCUGGGGAUCUACUGUGGCACUGCCCUGCUGGUGACUCUGCUGCUGGUGCUGAUCCACUUGCCGUUGCUGGGUCCCGUGCACAUCUCCAGCACCACCACUCUACUGGCCAAAUACAAGGCCCUGUGAUGCCAAGGAGAACUGGUCAUAGUUAAUGUAUUGAAGUUUUGUAUGUGUAUAUUUAUGUUUUACAGAGAGAAAAAGAAGCAGGCAAAAAAAAAGAUGUCUCCCCCCAAAUUGAGUAUGAACACAGAUUUUUUUUCUGGUGUGCCUCUUUAUUAAAAUAAAAAUAGUUUUUUGUAUUCCUUAAAGGCCUGACACAAAAGUUGAUCUCUCCUGUUUGUCACAUGAAAAGCUGCAGUUGAGAACAGGCUACCUAACAGUGCUCACAAUCCCACAAUGCAGUAGUGCACAGGGGUCCUGCUCCCUCUGUAGAGCCAUGUCUAAGUGUCUGCAAACACACACACACGCACACACUCUCACACACUGAAACAAACACUCUAAUCUGCCUGCAUGUGUCUGCAAACACACACACUUAAACAUUCAUUAAUAUGUAUACGCAUAGGCACACACAUCACUAUGUAUAAUUGUACAUAUAGAUUUAUAGAAUAUAUGUAGAUUUUUAUAAAUGAAUAUGUACAUGUAUAUUAAUAUAAAAUGCAUAUGUACAAUGUACAUAUACAAUGCGUGAGUACGUGUGUAUAUGUUAACAUUACAUGCAUGCUUUGAAGCACACAUACACACAAGUAUACAUCUCAAAAACACCUUAAGUCUAAAAAGAUACUCCUACGCUUGUAAAACAUCGCUGGCUGACAAUUGGACACGUUAAGGUUUAAAGCUGAGUGUCAGGAAUAACAUUUUUGAUAAUCCAAAAUGGUGGGUUUACUAGACAUAGUUAACCCUGCCCUCAGAGAACGAUGGAUUAACUAGCCUUCAGACAGAUGAAGGAGGCUAGUAGCUCUCUAAACAUAACUUGUUUGUUUGCAUAUUAUACAGAUCCAUGAUGUUGAGAACCUGAGAGCCAUGCUCCUAAAGAGAGCCACAUCCCUUUAUAAAGAGACACGCCUCCAGAGAGCCACACCUUCAAGCCUGCUCUGCUUCAUUCAGCAGACAUCUGGACAGCACACCUGUCAGCCAGCCAGUCAACAUGUCUGACAGUUUUUCAUUCAGCAACUAAGCAAGUCAGUCAGUCACACACAUACACUCCAGCCCAAUGUACAGGUACAGCCAUUAUCAAGGCACAAAGAUAAUCUACAACUAUUUUUUUCUCCC